AUGCAUCGGAGGUUCAUUCUUUUGGCUGUCGGCCUUAUCGCCGAUGCCGCUAUGGCUAGCCCGUGUAAGCCCUCCGGCACAACUUCUGCCGCGACGUCAGACGUGACUAGAGUCACCGAAUCGUCAGUAACAACAACUCUGGGAGAUACAACGACCACCAUAGCUUCGGAGACAGCAGAGCUCCCAACCACUAACGGACUGUCCGUUACAACGACCUUGGAGGGUUCAGUUACCGUCACGACUGCUUCAGGCACGAUAGCCGUCACAUCAGAAGCCGAAACAUCUGCCGCAACCACCUCAGAGGCUGAGACAACAAGCACUGCACCAGCCGCCGACCCAACAUACUCCCUCCUCGCCAACGGCGGAAAUCUUAACAAUGCCCAGCCCCAAGGGAACAUCGAAAUGACAUCCGUUCUCGUCUUCAACCCGGCCCUCCCUCAAACCGGCGGAAUACGAACCUUCAACAUCGAGCCCUCGACCGGCCAUCUGCAGGACGCCAACGGAGGAACAUACGUGUGCGCUUACUACGGAUCUUCGCCUGACACUUCGAGUCCACCUACAAUCGCGUACUGUAAUCCUAGUCACACGGGUACUAAUAAGGGGUACGACUACUUGAAGUGCGAGGUUGCUGGUGGGGUUUUCUCGUGUACUGCGCCUCAGACUACUUGCCAGACUGCUGAGGGUGUUGGACUGUCCUGUGUUACUCCACAGAAUGAUGUAUACGAUCGGUUCUUCACGGAGCGACGGUCGACGGGUAUGGGAACGACGGAUUUCUGGUAUAUUGGCACUGGAAGUCCUAGUGGGCUUAACCCCAUCUCGAUCACUGCUUCGGAGGUUCAAUAG